AUGUCUCCGAUAUUAUCAAAAAAGGCGAAAGUUGCUUUGGCUGUAGGUACAAUCAUAUUAUUAGAAUCAGAAAAAAAGAAAAAACGUGUUUGGGUGAAAGAAUGGCUGCAAAAGAGAGAACAAUUUACUCAUUUGCGAUUAUUGAAAUGUAUCCAAUCAUGUGAACCACUUGAUGUUAUAAAUUACCUCAGAAUGGACUAUGACGCAUUCCAAGAAUUAUUAAUGCUAGUAAAACCUCUGAUAGAAAAGAAAAACACUUUAUUCAGAGAAGCAUUUCCAUCAAAAGAAGAGGAAUGGCUCAAAGUAGCAGAAGGAUUUAACAAUAUGUGGCAAUUUGAAAAUUGCUUAGGAGCCGUAGACGGCAAACACGUAACUAUCAAACAGCCCCCAGGAAGUGGUUCAUACUAUUAUAACUAUAAAGGAUUUUUCAGUGUUGUGUUGUUUGCUAUCGUAAAUGCUAAUUAUGAAUUUACUUAUGUAAGUUGUGGAACUAAUGGAAGAAUAUCAGACGGGGGGGUAAUUAAGAAAACAGAUUUUUACAAUUUACUGAUAACAGAUUCUUUAAAAUUACCCCAACCAGUCAAUAUGCGAGGAAUUCAAAAUAAAUUACCCUUUGUGUUUAUUGGGGACGAAGCCUUUAGUCUAAUGACAAAUUUCAUGACGCCAUACAGACAAACCAACAGUAUUGGUUAUGAAGAAAAAUGUUUCAACUAUCGACUUUGCCGUGCCAAGCGCGUAGUAGAAAAGGCAUUCGGGAUCAUGGCAAAUAGAUUCAGGAUUUUCCUAACGCCACUAGCUACUAAAGUGGAUACAGUUGAUGAUAUCGUUAUGGCAUGCUGUGUUUUACACAACUUUUUACGCCGCAAAAGCACUUCUUACACACAACCUAGUAACAUCGAUACUGAAGACAUUAUCUCAGGGACUGUAUUGAUAGGUGAUAUGCACAUGAAUGGAGAACUAAUAUCAUUAGAUGUGUCCAGGCAAGGAUCUCCGACUAUUGACGCAAAUAUGAUACGAAAUGGAUAUAAAGAAUAUUAUAAUAAUGCAGGUGAAGUUGACUUUCAACACAAAUUUGUAUAUUAA